AAUGAACAAUACCAAGGAACCGUUCGUUACAAUAAACAAUACCAAGGAACUGUUCGUUAUAAUAAACAAUACCAAGGAACUGUUCGUUAUAAUAAACAAUACCAAGGAACUGUUCGUUAUAAUGAACAAUACCAAGGAACCGUUCGUUACGAUAAACAAUACCAAGGAACCGUUCGAUACGAUAAACAAUACCAAGGAACCGUUCGUUAUAAU